AUGAGUCACAAUGAUGAUCCGACUGUGCCAGAGUUUCGCCCUAGAGCCAGAAAGUCACUGUCUAACAUAACGACACAUCCGAAGAAAGUCUAUGAAAAUAUGACAGUCAAUACCGCUACUACAGUAAACAAAAAAGAAACCUUUGUAACAGAAAAAUGGUCAAGAAAAUCACGGAGUAAAAGUAUAGGACCAGGAGGGUUAGAUGAUUUCAUGAAGACCACCGGAAGUAAACAAAGGCUUACGGUCAAAGCCCCCAUCUUACUACCAAAACCAAUACUAAAGCUCACCAUGCCUACACAAUUUAAAAAACAAGGAUCUACAUGUAAAGAAAGCCCUAAAACUUUGGAUUUGCCUUUCACGCAAAAGAACGAAAAUUUGAUAGAAUUGGCGUCUGAUUCCUCCUAUGCAUGUCGCAGACCAGAUCGGAUGACGCAAAAUAGUUCGUCAUCAGGAAUAUCCAGGGCAAUUGAAACUAGCGUCAGCUUAAAGACUGAAGAAGAGCAACAAGCUGCUGUACGGAAUAGACAAGAGAAAGAGAUUCUUGAGUCACAAAAUGAGGUAUUAUCACGCCGAGAUAUAAGAAGGAAAUCUCUCGCCAAUCGUCGAGUAUCAUUCGCACCCGAGGCUACUCUUCAUACGUGGGACGUUGUUGUAGAAUAUCAGGAAUUAACAGCGUCAACGAACUCUGCAAGCUCACAUAAACAGGACACCUCUACACCUUUCGAAAUUUUAGAGUCAUCUAGCGAAAAAAAUGCUAAUUAUUCAACCCUGGACUUCAAUGGUACAGCUCCACGGUUCAAAAAAGUCAGAAAUGUAUCACCACAGACCAUCAAAGGACAGAUUCAUUCCUCCGAAAGCUCCUCUCAAUCUAAUAUUGAAGCUUCUCCGGCUUACGAAGUAUCUGCAAACAAUGAACUUUCAUCAAGUCCAAUCAGUGAGGUAUCAGCCGACGAGAACUUGGGCUACAUUAAUGACGGUCAAGGAACUCUUUCUGACAGUAACUCAGAUGAAGAUGGGACAAUGAUGUCCCUCGAAAGUAGAGAAAGCACGAAUAUGUCAAUGGUAAUGGAUAAAUCUGAUGACAAUAUACAGUUUGAUGACCUUACAUAUCAAAAAAUUCAUAAAACAAUUACUAGAAACGAUGAGUCUCACAAAAGCAACAAUCAAACCUUUUCUAUCAAUGAGAAGCUUACAAGAUCAUACACACCAAUAUCAGAUAAAGUCAUAGACGCGCAAAUAAAGUCAAGGAAAUCCUUCGAAAGUAUUGACAGAUCGCAUCCCAGGCAAGAAAAUAGACUUUUCUCCACGGAACAAGAACAUCGAGAAAAAAUGGGGCUAGAUACGGAAAUUUCACUCAUCGAAGGUACACCCCUAAUUAAUCAUGCUGAAGAUGACGGAACUACAAUGGACGUGACUCCCGCUCUUGGAGGAAUUCUCAGCAAAAGACAAGCUCAAGAUGAUGGGAACACGAUGGAGGUAACCCGAGCACUGGGAGGAAUUCUCAGCAAAAGACAAGCUCAAGAUGAUGGGAACACGAUGGAGGUAACCCGAGCACUGGGUGGAAUUCUCAGCAAAAGACAAGCUCAAGAUGAUGGGAACACGAUGGAGGUAACCCGAGCACUGGGUGGAAUUCUCAGCAAAAGACAAGCUCAAGAUGAUGGGAACACGAUGGAGGUAACCCGAGCACUGGGUGGAAUUCUCAGCAAAAGACAAGCUCAAGAUGAUGGGAACACGAUGGAGGUAACCCGAGCACUGGGUGGAAUUCUCAGCAAAAGACAAGCUCAAGAUAAUGGGAACACGAUGGAGGUAACCCGAGCACUGGGUGGAAUUCUCAGCAAAAGACAAGCUCAAGAUGAUGGGAACACGAUGGAAGUAACCCGAGCACUAGGUGGAAUUCUCAGCAAAAGACAAGCUCAAGAUGAUGGGAACACGAUGGAAGUAACCCGAGCACUAGGUGGAAUUCUCAGCAAAAGACAAGCUCAAGAUGAUGGGAACACGAUGGAAGUAACCCGAGCACUAGGUGGAAUUCUCAGCAAAAGACAAGCUCAAGAUGAUGGGAACACGAUGGAAGUAACCCGAGCACUAGGUGGAAUUCUCAGCAAAAGACAAGCUCAAGAUGAUGGGAACACGAUGGAGGUAACCCAAGCACUAGGUGGAAUUCUCAGCAAAAGACAAGCUCAAGAUGAUGGGAACACGAUGGAAGUAACCCGAGCACUAGGUGGAAUUCUCAGCAAAAGACAAGCUCAAGAUGAUGGGAACACGAUGGAAGUAACCCGAGCACUAGGUGGAAUUCUCAGCAAAAGACAAGCUCAAGAUGAUGGGAACACGAUGGAAGUAACCCAAGCACUAGGUGGAAUUCUCAGCAAAAGACAAGCUCAAGAUGAUGGGAACACGAUGGAAGUAACCCGAGCACUAGGUGGAAUUCUCAGCAAAAGACAAGCUCAAGAUGAUGGGAACACGAUGGAGGUAACCCGAGCACUAGGUGGAAUUCUCAGCAAAAGACAAGCUCAAGAUGAUGGGAACACGAUGGAGGUAACCCGAGCACUGGGUGGAAUUCUCGGCAAAAGUCCAUCAGGCCCAGUCUCACGAAAUAUUUUUGGGAACCGUCAACAUCAGGUUUUAAAUAGGAGUGUCAUUUGUGGGGACGAGGAAGGGGUUCUUGCUAAAACGAAAGGACUUGAAAACACAGAACUUGCAAGACCCCUCGAUAAAAUCAAAUUAUUUCAUGAAAAAAUUGAAGAAAACAUGACGAAUAAUGAAGCUAUGUCCAUGAAAUGUUUUUCCCCGCUAUCCCCCCCUAUAAUAGGAAACACAAAAAUGCUCACAAAUGGAUCAUCAAAGAAAGUGGAAAAAGCUUCGAAUUUUCUAGCUAAUAAACAAACUAUGGAGAAUGGGGUGUCGAUGGGAGUAAUUAGAACCUCAACCCUAGAACCGUCUGAAGCUAUAGAAAAAGAUACCUCAAUAACUCAUGGUAGUAUUACAUCAAAUCAUCAGCGAAUAGUCGACUCAGAAACUCCACAAAAUUUUUUUUACCAAAACACUAAUCGUGAAAUAUAUAUAUCCCCUAUUAAUUUACUAUCGUCCCCCUCACCCAGGCCUUCUAGGACAGUACGCAAGUCAGCGACUGGAUUGGGAAGCCCAAGUUUAUUAGGGCUUCAAAGGAAAGAACUUCGACGAAGUAAUGAUGGAAAAAGUUUCAUUACCCUUGCAUCCCCUAAAACUAUUGAUGGAAGAAGAGAAACCAUUAUCAUUGAAAACCCAACUACACAACUCGGAGGGACCCUUCAUAUCGAAGAGAGUACCGCAUGUGAAAGCUCGAAUACUUGUAAAAGUACACCAGAACGAUCCUCUAAUUUAGAAUUAAAGGUAAUAACACCUGUAUUAGUGAUGGGAAAAAAUCAAACGGUUUCAACACAAAAUUUUCAAAGCAACGAGCAACAAUUAAGUGCUGUACCGAAAUCAUUACUGACACCUCAACGACGGAAAACUACGGGUAUUGGGCUUGACAAGGUUGGUUUAGGCUCACCAUUAGUUGCCGACCUGCUUGAUAGACGAGGCUCUAUAGGUGGUCUAGCUAGUAAAUUUGUGCCGGGUGGGUACGAUCAAAUUAUAUUAAGCCCUGAGACUAAAUAUUCUACCUCUGUGGAACGAGAAUCCAGAGAAAGUAGUAUACAAAAAACAAAAGAUCAAGGAUCGCGUGUGGCUAUUCAAGAGAAGACCUCGACCAAUAACCUGAAAGAGAUGAUUCAAAGCUUAACACCUAACAGAAGGCUCAUACGAGGUCGCAAAAGCCUUCAUGUUGGUGGAGCAAAAGGAAUUUUAGGGAAACGCCCUAUCGAACUGGAUGAAGAUGAUAAUGAUGACGAAAUGGAAGACUUCAAACGAUACAAAACCAUAAGUCCAUUUAAGAGCGUCAGUAUACAAUCACGCUCAGAGACAAAAAAGGACUUUGGAAAAAUCGCAUUAUCACCUCAGGUACUUUCGAAUAAUGCCACUUCCACAAGCCAAGAAGCAUCAAUAUCUCUUGCAGAAAGUUUAAGGCCCAACGAAAAAAUUAGUGAACCUUCAGGUAAUGUGGUAUAUCAGAAUUCUAGUGGUAAUCAAAAAUCUGAUCAGCUUGGAGAUAAUCUUUCAAGUAAUGAAAAAAAAGAGGAAUAUAACCAGAUUCAGCUUCAAGACUUUCUAGAUAUGACCAGAAUACGUUUCAUGGAAUUGACAACCACAAAGAGAAGACACACAACUGCACCAAAGUCUGCGUCUAUGAAACAAGAGAAUGAAAAGCAGGAUUCUCUAGAGGAUUGCAUUGUUGCAGGGGCCACACAAAUCCCCAUGAUUGAACUAUUUCAACAUGCUUGUCAUGAAUUGAAACGAUAUAUAUCUGACGGACGCAAGACAGUCCGAGAAAUCGAAAAAGAAACCUGGGAAGAAAAUCCACCCCUCUUUCAGGAAUACCUAUUAGCUACUCCAGAUUUAAAAUUGCUGAUGGAUAAUCAAUUAAAAAAUGUUAGGACACACGCUCGACUUUUGGCUAAAGGUCUAUGGUAUGAAUGGCGGAUGACCUUACUCAACACCUUGGAGGGUGGCUUGGUCAAAACUAUACAGGAUAUGAAGAUUGAUGAAAAUACACUAGAUCGUCAGCAAUUGCUUCUCGCUCCUGUUAUGCCUAACUUGACGCAAACUGUCAGAGAUUUGGAGCAUGAGGAGUCUCAAAUCAAUGCAGCCUCUCAAGAACUUGCUAAUUGUGACCAGGAUAAGCUUAAUGAGGCUCGUCAUAGAUUAGUCACUAUCGACACUGAAAAUAAAACCAAAAUACUUUUAAUUUCACAGCUACAAAAUGAAUUACGAGCCAAAGAGAAAGAGAUUGAAUUGAGUAUAGCUCGCAAGAAAGCAUGGAAGGAAGAAAUCAACGAGCACGAAAAAAUAAAAGAGGAAUUUAGGGGAUGGACCUGUACCGAGGUAAAUUCAAUGAAGAGUAGAGUUUGUAGGAUGGAAGAAGAAUACGGUUGGACAAUUACUCAUAUCUCAGGUACUCUAAUAUCCAUGAUUUUUCGAAGAGAAUUGGAAUUAACAUUCGAUGCCUCUUCAUUCCGAUGUCGAACUGCACAUGCUACUAAAGAGCCAUUCAACUUACGUAUCGGCCUAAAGUACGUUGGGCUGAAUCAGGAGACUAACUGCUCAUCUUUGACUGCAGCAAAAGAUUUCUUUCUUCAAUUUAUCGGGAGUGAAGUUUCCAGAUUACAAUAUCGUCUAACAAACAUUAAGGAUCUUCUAGAAAGUGUGAGCAAUUCUUGGAAUAAAGCAAAUGAAGUCAUAAAUGAAGUCUACCUUCUGACACUCAGCUGCCCGACCAAGGUGGUAAAAAUUUCCAACAACUCAAUAGAAAUCAAUUCUACGCUGAUUUUAAAACCAUUAGCCACUAAAAUUGCCAUUAAACUUCAUCUCACCGCACAGAGUACGGACAAGGGAAUUGAAAUGGAAAUUAUGCCAGAUGCAAAUGUUAUCUAUGGAGAGCGGUUCAAUGAACCCAAGAUGAAAGAGUUCCUCUUGAAGAGAUGCCGUUACGGUCUUAAAGAGAGAGAUCCAUGUAAUAUGUCAUCAUGGGGCAUUGUUGUUGGCGAGCUUGGAGAUAGACUCCUUGCAAGAAGUCGUCGGUGA